ACUAAAUAGUAAAUAACUAGUCUAGAGCAAAUAGUUUUACAUAAGAAUUAGAAUUAUUUGGAAGUUCAAUUGCAUAGAUUUCAAAACUUCCUUGUAUUUUUUGGUAAAUGUUUUGUUCGAUAUACAAGAUAAUAGAAACAAUUGUUUAUAAUAAAUAAAAGGAAAAAUGUAAAUAAUAAUUUCCUAUCAUCGAUGAAAUUGGUACUUCGACUAUUGCAUUGGCUUAGCAAUUUAUUUUACCUUUCCAACUAAUUAAUGAUAACAUUUCUUCAUUUAUCUUAAGUUAGUGACGUAUUUAAAAGAUAAAUAUGUUACAUAUUUCCGUUCAUAGAAACUAUGUUAUCUAUACGCACACUUACUCUUAUCUCAAAAAAUUGUUUAAAUGUUAUUUAUAAUAUGAGUAAUGAUUUACAUCACAUCAUACGUGAAUCAUUAAAUAUCUCGUGUCAUUAAAGAUGUCAUAUCAAACAAGUCUUGAUCAAUUUUUUCCCCAAAAAAUUAAACAUAAUCGUAACGUUAAAUCAAAAGAUCUCGUCACCUUGAAGGAACUAAAAAGACUAAAAAAGCCAUCUACAAAAACUAUAUCACGAACAAAAUCAAGACUAAGUACGGAAAGAAAGCAAUCUUCAGAGAUGAAUAAAUCAUCAUUUAGUAUUAAUGAUUCGAUAAACAAUGUACAAAUGACAAAUACAGGUACUCAUUUUAUGUUAGGUAUGAAUGAAACUUAUUACACGUCAAAUAAUCUACAAGAUACUGAAAUAGAUUCAAUGUCGGAUUGCUCUAUAAUAUAUGAAAGAAUAAAUACAUCGAAUAAUACAAUAUCAAUUGACAUGGAAAAAGAAAUGGUGUAUGGAAAUCAUGCGAUAAAAGAUUCUGAAAGAUCUUGCGUCGAUAAUCAGUUGCAAGAACAUGAGGAAGAAGUAUCAUUGUGUUGCACCAAUAUUGAUUUUAUAGAAGAAGUAAAUUUAUCAAAAAAAGAAAGUAAUGAAAGUACUUCAAUAAAAGAAGCAUCGGAAAGGAUGGAUAUUGAAUAUUAUGAUGUAAAUAAUGGAAAAAGCGACCUUUUUUCGAUCUGUAGUAGUCCUAUCAAAAGUUUACCUUCUCCUUCUAAGCAAAGAAAUUUAACUUUUACUCCAAAAAAAAGUUCAACUAAAGAAGUUUCAUCACCAAAUUCUAAAAGUCCAAAGAAGCUAAAUCUUUAUCUUCGACAAAUAGUAAAUAAGGAGCUUACUCGUACUGCGAUAGAAAAUAUGAAUCUUAUAAAAGAAGGCGCUAUUAUAGGAAAUAAUUUUAAUCUUCAAAAAAUAUAUGCUAGCAGUACAUUUACAUUUAGAUAUAAUAGCAUUGAUACAAGAGUAUCUGAAAAAUACGAAUACAAUGAUGUGACCAUACCAACUGAAACUUAUGCAGCACAUUUAUUCAUGAUAGUAGUGAAUGUUUUUUCAAAUCCUAUAAAUUGUGGUUACUUUGAUAAGGAAGAGACAGAUUUUAUUUUUUCUAUGCUUACCCUUUCCAUAGAAGCACAAAUAUUAUUUGCGCGUAUUUUAAAAAGAAAAUAUUCUUGGCACAGAGUGGAACAUUUAAAAUAUCAAGAUUUAAUCAAAGAUUUUAUAUCCACUUGUAAAGAGCUCGUGCUAAAGUCAUUUUUUAUAUCCGAUAUAAAAAACGAAGAUUUAUCUGUUUCCUUAAUGAUGCUUCAAGCUGAUGAAAUUGGUGCAAUUUGUAAGGAUUUUAAAUUAAAAAAUGUUAAUAAUAAGAAAAAAUCAAUAGAGAAAUUAUUGGAAAUAGCAACCAAGAAACCUCUCUUUCCUGGCAUGAAAACUUCAGGUGAAAAAUUAAAGUUUUUAGUGUCAAAUAAGUUGGGAUAUUGUAUACGUUUGUGUCAAAAGACAAUAUAUAUUUUUGAUAAGAUAUUAACAUUAUUCAAACCUGAUCAAAAACCUGAAGAAACUUUAUCGGAUACAUUUAAUAUGUUAUUGAACAUCGAACUUGGGAAAAUAUGUUAUCCUACAUAUUCGGAUAAAAGAUAUCCUAUUUUUAGCGAUAAUAACCAUUUAAUUCAAUAUAUCGAAGCAAAACACGAAUUGUCUAAUAUAAUAAAUGCCAUUGAAAAAAAAGAAUGGGAAAGUGUAAGAAAAAUUGGAAAGUUAGCUUACGAUCGAUGGCUAAUUAUUAUGAAAAGUGAAUGCGCAAGCUUAGAAGACUGCGAGCUCCCUUCGCAUUUAUUUCAAUUUAGACCAAGUUAUUUGUGGCUAAAAAUAUUAUCUAAAAGUAUAAAUUCAUUUAAGAAAAACAAAGACACGUUACCAUUUGCUACGGAAAUAUUGAAUACAUUAAUAAGUCAAAAUAGUUAUAUGCAAAGAAAAAAAGAAAGCUGGUAUGCUGAAUUAGCGUUAAUUGAAAUGUAUCAUAAUAAAGAUUUAGAAGCAAGUGCAAAAAUAACAUUAGAGUCAUUGAAAAUUGAGACUAUUUCUGAAGUUGGUAUCGCAGGACUUAUAGAAAGAGCAGAAAUACUUGUUAAAAGAAAAACUGGCAUUAGUAAAACUACAUUGAUGGAUAUUAAAACCACAUUACAAUCCAUAAAAAGCAAAUUUCCAAGUCCAAUGUUAUGUACAACGACAGUUGAAGCUGCUUUAAUGAAAGAACUACCUGGAAUGAAUAAGAGGAAAAGCAAGUGGUGCAUCAAUAAUAAUACAGAUAAUAAAUUGUAUAGUUCGGUAGAAGAUGUUGCAUUAAAUUUUUAUUAUAAUCAAGGUUUUAAUGAUGGAGUGCAUUGUGAAGGUGCUCUACCAGUCACUCUAUUUUAUGCAUUAUUUUGGGAAGAACUUUUUAAUAUUGACAUACCUGGAACUUUUAUGUCACUGUACCAAAUAGCUCCCCUAGAUUUAUUUACUAAAGAUUUUUACAAAAAUAGAAAAGAAAGAAUCGAUAUGAAAUUCAACUUGUUACGUAGUUUUGAUCGAGAAUCUUUUAGUGGAUUAGUAGAACACAACUUUCUACUGUACAGUCGUUUUGAAUCUAUGAUGCAUGUUAAUAUGUUCACGAAUAAUAUUAAAGAAAUAGUAUAUUGCUUAGGGCCUGAAUGUGUUUUAAAAAUUUGUGAACGACUUAUUUCUAAUUAUAUUUUAUGGAAAGCUGGCUUUCCUGAUUUAAUCGUGUGGAAUUUAAAUGAUAAAAGUUGCAAAAUUAUUGAGGUGAAAGGACCUAAUGAUAAACUUUCAGUGAAACAAACAUUGUGGUUACAAUAUUUACAACAAAUAGGAGUAGACAUAGAAGUUUGUUAUGUAAAAGAUAAUGGACAUGGUAAAAUUAGAACGUAAUAGAAACGCUCAUAAUUAUAAGAAGAAAUGUGAUAAACACGUUGACUGCUGCGCGCGUUUACAGUGAAAUCCCCUUCAGGCCACGCGUACCGCUGUACGAAGCGUAUUCUGCUGGGUAUUUCCAUCGAUAUUUUAAAUAUUAGAAGAAAAUAUAAGAAGAUUUAGGGAAUUAUUAUCUGCAAAAUUAUUAGGGUUGACUGAAAAUACAACAAAUCCUUGUCUUCGUCGGAGUCAGCAUAAUAUCGCCGUUCGGAAAAAUGAUUCCGGAGGAAGCAUUAGACGCCUAUGCAAACAAUGUUAUGCAGAUAAAAGUGGUCGAAUGGGCCGAUCAAAGACACGAGAGAAUUUAAAGAAAACA